AUGUUGAAGGGUGUUCAGGUGUGUCUUGAAAAGGGGCUUCUCCCCACAGUAGUGCAAUCGGAUUCAAUGUUGUUAGUUGACAUACUCCAGCGGCGAUGCCUUUGUCCUUGGUCCGUUAGAAGGGAGGUGGAGCAAAUCUGGCACCUGGUAGACGGGACUCGGUUUGAGCAUUGCUACAGAGAGGCAAAUAAGGUUGCUGAUAUACUUGCGAAUGUGGGGGUUUCUCAUCCGCAAGAGCUGGUCAGGGUUUACUGUACUGAGCGCACUCUUCCCUCGGUGGCCCGGGGAGAGUGCAGGAUGAAUAGACUUGGGGUGCCAUCGGUUAGGCGUGUUAGGAUAGGGCGUGCAUAG